AGAAAUUUCAUGAUGACUGAAAUGCCCUCACACCACAAAUCUCUCCAAACAUGGACUUAUGGAUAUCCUCCUAUCCUCUAUCUCCCCUCUCAUAUUCUAUCAAAUUCUAUACCAUCAAAAUAAUCAAAAAAAAAAAAAAGAAAUAAAAAUCAGAAAAAGGAAAAGAAAAGGAAAAGAUGGCAAUCUGUGUGUCAAAUGCAAAACCCUUCAUCCCUUCCCUUCCAUCUUCGUCUUCACCAUUUCCACUUCAUACCCAGAAGCUCAAUUCUUGGAGAAAGCCCACACUCUGCAGAUCUGUAAAGGAGUCACCUUUUCCCCAUCCAAAUCUCAUCUCGAGGAGAAGAAGCCUUUCCCUUUGUCUCACCACCAGUUUUCUGCUCUCUUUGGGUGGUAGCCAUGGAAGCCUUGAAGCUAAUGCUGCAAUUCUUGAGGCUGAAGAUGAUGAGGAACUGUUGCAGAAGGUGAAGAUGGAUAAAAAGAAGAGGGUUGAGAGACAAGGGUUGAUCAGUUCAUCUGGUAAAGAGACAGCACACCUGCAAGAUCUUGUCUACAAGCUGAACAGAAUUGGUGAAGCCAUCGACAAAAAUGAUCUCCCUGCUGCAAGUGGUGUUCUUGGCCAAGAUCUCAAAACAGAUUGGGUUAAGAACGUUAAUUCGGCCUUAGACAAGUUCAGCAUAAGCCCCCAAGAGAAGGCUGAGGUAGAUGCAUUCAGCUCAUCAUUGGCUUCUCUGAUUUCAUCAGUGGAGAAGAAAGAUUUUGAAGCAUCAAGAGUGGCAUUUGUAGCAUCAGCAACUGCAUUUGAGAAAUGGACAACCUUAACAGGUCUUGCUAGAGAGCUUAAAGGAAUCUGAAAGAUUUUUUCUCCAUUUAUUUACAAUGUCUAAAAAUGUCUUGGUUGUAUGUUUUAAUGAUUGGAAACUUGUCUGAAACACCAAAUGUUCACUGGUAAGAUUUAUACUUAUUGCAGCAGCAGUGGAUCACUAUAAUCUGCUAGCUAUCAAGAAUGUGUUGUAAAUAUUCAUGUCUUUUGGCAUUUGAUACAUGGAAUAUCUUGUAAAGAAAUGUUUGUUUCAGAA